AUGCAUUCACUAAUAUUGAAUCUCAAACUUGCCCUCUAUACUGAACCACUGAUCAUUCAGAAAAACAGAAACGGCAGUUUUAAGAUCACCCAUGUGCAUGAGUUUUUUCACUUGUAUAGGGCAGUGACUGUCAUUCUCCAAGGCGACUCUGGCAGUGGCAAAUCCCUUAUAGCGCAAAAGAUCACAUUGGACUGGGCAUCUGAAGAGUUUUCUACUAGUCGUUUUUAUCUAGUUUUCUAUCUGAGGUGUGAAGAGCUGAUGUGUAUUUCUGAGGAGAUUAACUUAAUUGAGCUCUUGAGCUACAGCUGUAGUUUAACAUCAGAUCAGAUCUCACAGAUACUACAGCAUUCACCAGAGAAAGUGCUUUUCAUCAUUGAUGGAUUUGAUGAACUGAGACUUUCACAGGACAUUUAUGACAUGUCAGCACACACUAAUCCACUUCAGAAAGCCCCACCUGAGGUCAUUCUUUGUGCCCUGUUGAGGAGAUACCUCAUCCCUGAGACCAACCUGCUGGUCACCACCAGAACUAAGAACACAGUGAACAAGCUGCUGAAAGGACAAAAGUGUUUUACUGAGAUCAUGGGCUUUUCUGUGAGGAAGGUUGCGGGAUACUUCCAGAAGUUCUUCACGAAAGAGUAUGACUGUGUGAGAACAAAUGAAACCCUCCUCACUGCCUGUUCCAUUCCUGUUAUCCGCUGGAUAAUCAGUGAGAUGUUCAAGGUUGGUGCAAAUGUAACAAGUGGACUGGAAACCACCACCUCCAUCUAUGUUGACUUUGUGUCCACUCUAGUGGAGCAUCACUGCCAGGGUUUGAGUCAGUCUGUGCCGAACCUGCUGAGGAGUCUGGGUCAGCUGGCAGAGAGAGGGAUGCUGGAACAACAAGUGCUGUUUGAUGAGAAAACUGUAAAUGAAUCCAUUUCAGACCUUGCUGGAAAGCCAUUCCUGUGCAACUUCCUCUCUAAGAGAAGAAUUCGCCAGGAGACCAUGUUUAGUUUCAUGCAUCACAGCUUUCAGGAGUUCUUCACUGCUCUGUACUAUGUUCUUCUGGAUGCAGAAGAGUCUCAGAGGAAAGUGAGGGAGCUGCUUCACACUGUAGAGAGAGGUUGGGCAUUGUCUGAUUGGUCUGAUAGGGAAUUUUCAAUGGCAGAUGUAGAAGUGAGACAUACAAAACUGCUGCAACCUGUGAUUCUCUUCCUCUGUGGUCUUUGUAAGAAAGAAUGGAUCCCCUCAUUCUUUGAAAAGCUCAACAUGGCUGUUUCUAUCAGCAUAGAAACCCAGCUUAAGGAAUGGAUUAGUUGGUGUUCACAGAGAUAUGAAAAUGAGCACAUGCUGUUCAUCCUCCAUUGUCUCUACGAGCUUCAUGAGAAGAGCUUAAUUGACAAAAUUUUGGAAGGUUUGGUUUUGAUAGAUCUGUCUAAUACUCCACUGAAAAGGACAGACUGUUGGGUGUUGAAGUACUGUUUACAGUGCUGUGAACACAUCAGAAACCUGAAACUCCUUGUAACAUCUGAUAAUCUGAAGAUGCUCCAGCCUGAACUGUACCGCUGUAAAGAGCUGUGGUUGAUGAUGGAUUGCAUUCCAGAUUAUGUUGUUGGUUUGAUUUCAACUGCUGGUAAAGGAAAGAUUCUGAAUAAAUUGAUUAUAAAGGAGCUUGAAAACAGUGGAAGUCUGUUCUACCCAGAGGUCACUCUGUCAGUCAGAGAUAAAGACAUCACGUUGUCUGUGAGCAUGUCAAAGAUAGCGACAUCAUUAAAGACGGAAUUAACUCUAACCUGUCCAAGCUCAGUGGUUUCCACCAUCAACUGGGUAAAAUCACAGAACAAGCCAGCAUUUGGUCUUGUGGAAAAGGGACUGUUGACAUUCCUGCAAUCAGUGUCCGGUUUAAAGAAAGUUUGUCUGCAGGUUUCAGAUCUGACUACAUUUGGCCCUAAAAUCUUAUCCCUCAUUCAGGCCUGUCCCAGCCUAAUUGAACUAAGUGUAAAUUUUAGAUAUCCAUUCAUCCAUCUGGUGCAAAUCCAGUCCCUGAAGGAAUCAUUGAAGCAGAUGGCUUGGACUCUGACUGUCUGGGGGAAAACAGUAUUGAUUCAACCAGACAGGAGAAGAUUUACAGAGGAGGAGCUGAAGACAAAUAGAGAAAAGAGUGAGAGUUCUUUACUUCAGUCCUCAGAAGAUGCAGAAGUUUUUACACCUGAACUACUUCAGGGAGAUGACAAAGACAAGAAAGCAUACAGGUUUGUGUGUGCACAUGCUGGUCAGUUUCAGUGCAGUCUGACCAGUCUUGUGUUUGUGAUGGAGGGUGAAGGAGAGGUGCUGUAUAGAGUUGUCUCAUGGGAUCCUCGUCUGUUAGAUGGUUUGGGUCAGAUGCAGCCUGCAGGACAUUUGUACAACAUUGACUGUUUUAAUGGUUCAAUCUCAGGACUGCACCUUCCACACUGCGAAAUACUCUCUGAGGAGAACAAAGACAGUUUGGCUGUAGCACAUUUCACUGGUGGUAAUGUAGAAAUAAUGAAGCCUCUUAAAAUGACUGAAACUCAUGUGAUGAUUGACAUCAGAGAUCUGUCCCUCUUUGGGCUCAUAAAAAGGAAGAUCUUUUCUCCUUCACCUGUCAUUGCCCAAGUGCUUCUUUUUCUGCGGCCAAUAACUGUGAGACAGAGAGAAAACAUACUGGAUGUCCAUUUGCUCCCGUUGAAUGUUUCAGUGUCAGAGGUCAAGUAUCAGCACACAGAGAGCAAGCACAUCAAAACCAGUUCAAAGUGUUCGCUUACUCCGGGAACAGAAUACCAUUUGUGUUGUCAACCAGAGGAAUCUACAGUGCAGCCAGAGAUGGAGACUUUUGAACGCAAUUAUGGUCCAAACUAUCAUCCCACGUUUGAAGUGUUUGUGGAUGUGAACAUUGAGGAAAUCAGACUGAGUCUUUUGGAUAAAACUAAAGGAAUGGAGGUGUGGGAACCACGGCGAAUCCUUGUCACAGGUCAAGACGUAGAACCCACUGCUCACCAAAGGCUCACAGAAUGUGGAUUUGUGAAAAAACACAGAGAUGAACUCAUUCAGAGAGUUUCAUCAGUGAUGACUAUUGCUGAUGGUCUGAGGACUAAAGACAUGAUUCCAGGUGAAAUGUACAGUAAAGUUCAUGCUGCAGAAACACGACAGAAAAAAAUGAGACUCUUGUUGGAUGUUCUUGAGUCUGGAGGAGCUGCUGUAAAAGCAGAAUUCUACCGACUGCUGAAGAAGGAAGAAUGUUGUCUAGUAGAUGAAUUGGAGUCUGGACCCAGUGGACUGCAGUAAUGCUGAGAAAACACCAGAGAGGAACUUCAGGCAGUUUGAGGCAAAUGGCGGCUAGUUUCAUUAUACAUGUACAGAGACGUGGGCAGAUUUGUUGGU